AUUGGCGUCGGCGUCAGUGAGUACCGACGCCCAUCGUGCUUCUCGAUUUUUCUAAAUUCUCUAUUUUCUCGUCGCGUCGAGCGUCAGUCGUGGAACGUUUUCCCCUAGGCAUUUGUGUUAUAUGAGUGAUAUGAGUGUCCAAUGGUGUCCAACUCCAAACCUGUUUAUAUGACCGUGCACUAUAAAGUCAGAAGUUAACUUUUACUUUUUAGAGAAAAACCAAUUGCGACCUUACGUUAAAAGUUUUAGUUCGGAUUAACAGCAAGAAUUACAUAAUGACAGAGUACAAGCUCGUAGUUGUGGGAGCAGGAGGUGUUGGCAAAUCUGCAGUCACAAUUCAAUUGAUACAAAAUCAUUUUGUAGACGAAUAUGAUCCUACCAUAGAAGAUUCUUAUAGAAAACAAGUAGUUAUAGAUGGGGAGACAUGCCAUUUAGACAUAUUAGACACAGCUGGUCAAGAAGAAUAUAGUGCAAUGAGAGAUCAGUAUAUGAGAACUGGUGAAGGAUUUUUAUUAGUAUUUGCUGUAAAUUCAGCUAAGAGUUUUGAAGACAUAGGAACAUAUAGGGAACAAAUAAAAAGAGUAAAAGAUGCAGAAGAAGUACCAAUGGUAUUGGUUGGAAACAAGUGUGAUCUUCAGCAAUCAUGGGCAGUCAAUAUGACGCAGGCAAGAGAAGUCGCUCGCCAGUACGGUGUGCCCUUCGUUGAAACUUCGGCUAAGACUAGAAUGGGUGUAGAUGAUGCUUUUUAUACUCUAGUGAGAGAAAUACGGAAAUACAAAGAGCAAAGAGAAAAAGAAAAGAAGAAGCAUAGGAAAACGUGUAACCCAAACCGUAGGAGACAUCGAUGCUGUUUGCUUUAAAUCUCUGGACAACCUUGUUUCUCUCAUUCGAUACAUACAUAUUAUGGUAAUAGAUUGCAAAAACAUUAGAUUAUGUUCACUUUACGCACAUUUUUGCAGCUUCCUCUAUAGAAUAUUGUAAUAAAUUUAAAGCACAAUUUUAUCUAUACAUUGGGAGGGAAGAGAACAAAACAUGUAAUAGUAUUGUAUUAUAACGCAUACGUUUUUUACUCUCGAUGUUAAAUUUCGUAAAAUACAUUAUUUGUUCAACAGUCUGCCAUAUAACUCUUAAUAUUCCAUUAGCAGAAGAAUUUUAACCCUUGAUUGCAUAGAAUAAUUGGUAAAAAAAAAAAGAGAAUGAUUCUCCUAGAUCAUUCGCUUCUUUUAUUGUUAAGUAUGGAAUAUAUAUAGUAUUAACCAACGAAAAGAUUAUAGUUUUAGGUAUUGUCGAUGACAGAUUCAGAAUUGAACAAAUUUUUCCCACAGAUAUUUUUUACAUACCUUAUUCAAGUAGUCUAUAAUUUGUAACAUGUUUAAUUUAUCAAUUAGAUAUGUUUUUAAUCAUUGUAUGUAUACAUUGUUAUGCGUGACGAAAAGAUUCCAUUUUCCUAAAGAAAACGUAAAAGCCAUAAAACUCAUUUUGUGCUGUGAUCAAAUAAUUUUAAGCAUGCCAUGCUAGUUAGAUAUUACUGCGAUUAAGUAUGCAAUUUCGAUACAAACACCUAUUUACCAGCUUAGAAGUGUAUAAGUACGUUCACGUUUUUCCCCUUUAGUGCAAUUACAAACGCAUAUAUGAUGAUACUUUGUAUAUACAUAAUGCAGUUAUCUAUUAAUUUCUACGACAACGUUUUUAUACGUCUAUAUUAGUAACAAAGGAUUGGUAUAUAUAAAUUUAUUUCGAUUAUAAGCGUGACUUUUAUCAAUCGUUGUUGUUUCAACUUAGAAUUAAAAAUCAUAAUGCAAAAAUUAAUUUAAGAAUGACAUCAUAUCGAAGUGGAAGUUUACAUUGAUAUUUGGAUAUCUAAUUAUGCCUGUAUGGAGAUAGCAUUUUAUGACACUUUAGUGAUUGAUGGCAUUUUAUUAAACUUUUCUAUCUCCAUCUCGUCGUUACCAUGCAAUUUUCAUAAUCUAAAGUUGAUUAUACUGCUUAGAGUAUAAUUUUAAGAUAUUGAAAAUAUCAAUUGUAAACUCUUAACAUGAUUGUAUAUUUUGAUAUUUGUUCAGACAAUAAUCGCUGUCUCAUUUUAAAGAGAGACCCGACUCUACGGUUAAAUAAAAAUACAAAAUUUAAUUAAUUUCCCUCUGCAAAAAUCUAUGGAAAUAUUUAAUGAGACAUUUAAGAUCCUUCGAGCGGGAUCAUGUUUCGAGGCUGACUGAAUUUUCAACAAUCAAGGGUUAAACAUUUUGCUAAAUGAUCGAAAUAGUAUAAUUUGCAAAUAUUCUUAUAUAUGUAAACGCGCAAAUUUGUAAUACUAGCUUUUUCAAGUAUCAAAAAUGUGUAUAUAUAAAAUUGCACAGCAUAGGUGUUAUUGUGUAAUUCGAAUUCGUAAUAAAACUUUGUACAAAAAGUGUUCUUUAUAUUAAUUCUAUCUUGAAUGAUCGUCUCUAAAUAUUAAUUAUUUAGGUCAUCUAUGCUGUUUGGUUUUAUAACGUGAAAAAAGCAAUCGACAUGCAUAUAAAUCGUUUAAUCACUUUAUUCUUAAAAUGCAUCGUAUAUAAAAAGGACAUUAUCCAAAUCAAACGGUACUAAACUGUUAAAAAGUUAAGUUACACGUAAUGUUAAGUCCAUUAUUGAUCUACAUUGGAACAAAUUGUUAAGCAAGGCAAUUUUUAAUACCCUUUAUUCUUUCAUUUCAAGCACGUUAUCCAAAAUAAAAGAUAUCAUAAAGGUACGGACUAAGUACAAAUUAUAAAGCAAUUGUUAUCUACUAUGUAUACAAAAAUAUACUCAUUCAAUAGUCAAGGAAAUAUAUGUAUAUUUCUGGAUACGUAUACGUAUAUAAAUGUAAAUGAGAACGAAUGGAAGUACUGUGUUCACAUGUUUGGCAUAGCAUUCGUUAAAAUUAGAGAAACAGUAAUCUUACAACAGUUCGCGAGAUAGUUCAUCUGUUAUUAAAAAUACUCUCCUUAUCAAGGAAAAAGAAAAAUGUUUACUACGUAAUCGUAAAUACCGAUACAAUUUAUACAGAGGUCAUGCACACAUUAUGAUGUGUAAAAAAUGUUAUCGUGCAUACACAUCUUAAUUUUUUAACUCAAUAUUUAAUAUAUAUUUUUGUUAACAGAUUUUCUAAGAAUUUUUGUAUUAACUGACUAGGAUCGUAAAUUUAACACAAUAUUCGUCAUUUAAUGGCAUGGUAAAAAUCUAUUGCAACAAUAAAAUUGUAAUAAUCAGUUUAA